AUCGCGGACAGCACCAAAAAUCCCGGACACUUUGAAAAUACUACGACUUAACCGGAAAAUCGCAAAAUCACCGCCAUUUCACCACCUUUUAAGUCAAAGCCAAGUAGUCUUCAGAUCUGUGUCAUUAUGACAUCUCAAAUAAAUGUCUCGGCUAAAGUUCGGCGAAAAACGGUCCAAGCGGCCAUUAUCGCUGCACGCCUUCCACCAAGACUCACCCGUUCAACUGCAAAUAUUACAUACAACCCGCCCUCUAUACGGCAGCUUGCCGCUAGAUUCAACGUAACGAAGGCUGCUGUUGAAAAAGCUAUUAAGGUAUCGUCGUCACCUAACGGGCCCGUGAAGAAAUGCGGCCGGCCACUGGCCCUGACGCCUGAUGAAGAAGUCGGCCUCGUUGGGUGUAUCAUUUGGCUGGAAAAGACCGGUUAUCCGGCUGAGAAAGGAUAGGUUGAGCAGGCUGCUCUAGAGCUAAUGCGCCGUCGCGAUCCUUCCUUAUCUUCAGUCUCUAGGAACUGGUAUCCUCGCUUUUGAGGGCGUCAUCCUGAGCUUAAGAAGUUAUUUAUUAAGGCCGUUGAUAAGUCCAGGGGGUCCUUUGAAGCAACUGAUGUUAAUGACAUCCAGACCUUCUUCAACAGGCUCCAGAAGAUCAUCACGGACUAUAGACUUGGCCCUUUAGAGAUCUGGAAUGAAGAUGAGUGCGACAUCCGUAUUGGUUGCUUACAGGAGCGCGUGGAGGUCCUCAUCACGCACACAACGCGGUUACAGCGACCUGAGGUUCCUGAUCCAGCUAAUUGUGAGACCUCUACGCUCCUGGGGGCCGGAAAUGCCGUUGGGGAUAGUAUCCCUCCCUGGCUUAUCUUCAAGGCAUUUCCAACAGAGUUUUGGGCUACGAUCGA